UGCAUUGCUCCUGCUGGCAUCAUGGAACUUGUCCUGCUGUGUGGACUGCUGAUGAUGACUGGUGUGACUCCAACCCAAGGAGGGAUCCUGAACCUGAACAAGAUGAUCUGGCAAAUGACUGGGAAGGUGGCCUUCUUCAACUACUGGUCCUAUGGCUGUUACUGUGGCCUUGGUGGCAGAGGCCAGCCCAAGGAUGCCACAGACUGGUGCUGCCAGGAACACGAUUGCUGCUAUGCCCUCCUGAAGACCCACAGAUGCAGGAGACAGACAGAUUGCUACAAAUACACCUUUUCCCAGGGCGACAUCCAGUGCUCUGACAAGGGGAGCUGGUGUGAGCGGCAGUUGUGUGCCUGUGACAAGAAGGUGGCCUUGUGCCUGAAGAACAGCCUAGACACUUACCAGAAGAAACUGCGGUUCUACUGGUGGCCCAAAUGCAAGGGCCCGACUCCUCCGUGCACCAGUGCUGCCAACCUGAUUGUUCCCGGCCUCCCAGAAUGAAGGGGAGCUGCCCUGGGUAGCAUACACCAUGCAUAAUAUAGUUAAUGUAUGUAA